GUCUGCGAAAUGAUGUUUGCGUAGUCUGUCAAAUUGGUGUGAUGUGCUUGAAUAUUGUUUCCUCUUGGAAUGGAUUUAGAAGAGGCAUUUCAACUAGUCGGAGAAUUCGGAUCAUAUCAGAAGCAGAUGGUGUUGGUUCUUGUGUUGCUACAGGUGUAUAUGGCAUGCCAGUCCAUGCUCAUUGUGCUCAUUGGCGCUAUACCAGAAUACCACAUUGAACAAGGUGACCACUCCAACUAUGAGGAGCUCAUCAAACACGUUACAUUUACAGAGGAUGUCAACUCCAUCGUGACGGAGUGGUUCCUUCUAAAGCAACAGGCUUACAAGGUCAGCUUGGCAGGCUCUUUGUUCUUUGCUGGGGUCUUGAUUGGAAAUGUGUUUUUUGGACCCCUCUCUGACAAGAUUGGAAGGAAACCAGUCUUCCUAACAGCUCUGUUCUUUGAGGUGGUGUUUGGCUAUGCCACAGCCUUUGCUCCCAGCUAUGAGGUGUUUGCGUUGUCGCGCCUGCUGGUGGGUCUGAUGAAUGGGGGUAUGUCCCUCGUCUGUUUUGUGCUCACCCAGGAGUAUGUGGGCAAGGCCUACUGGGCCAUGACAGGGACCUUGACUAAUAUGACCUUUGCUGUGGGUAUUGCCCUGUUUGGUGCCCUUGGCUACUAUAUCAGACCAUGGCGUACCCUGGCAACAGCAGCUAAUUCUCCUGGCGUCCUGUUUUUUCUACUUUGUGUGACUCUCCCGGAGUCUCCACGCUGGCUGUAUUCCCGUGGUUACACGGAGAAGGCGGAGGAGGUUUUGCAGUACAUAGCUGUGCGGAAUGGGAACAGCAAUGCUGCAGCCAAAGUAAAGCUCCGUAUGUGUCCUGGCUCUGUCAAGACUGGUAACCAGGGCAACAAUGGCCCUGGCUUCCUCGACCUGUUCACCCACACAGUGCUCCGCUGGAGAACCGUGGUGCUCAUGUAUGUCUGGUAUUCCUGCAGCCUGGUGUACUAUGGGCUGACCAUGAAUGCCAGUGAGGAAAGUGGGAACCGCUACUUCAGUGUUGCCAUGUAUGGACUAGUGGAGCUCCCAGCCUACCCUCUCUGUAUCUAUUUCAUAAACAAGCAGUGGGCUGGGAGAAGGAAAACCAUGGCCAGCUUUCUGGGUUUAGCUGGCUUGUCAUGUCUAUGCACUAUGUUGGUCCCAGUAACUGCUGGGCCGGUGUUCAAUGCUACUUCUUUAGCUUUGUUAGGAAAGCUGUUGGUCAGUGCGGCUUUCAACAUAGUGUAUGUCUACACUACUGAACUGUACCCCACUGUUGUAAGGAACGCUGGUCUUGGGGUCUGCUCAAUGUCUUGCAGAGUCGGAGGGAUCCUGGCCCCUUUUGUGCCCUCUAUGAGAGACUUACACACCUCUAUGCCCUUCCUGGUGUUCUGUCUCAGUGGGAUCUCUGCUGGCUGCCUGGGUCUCCUUCUCCCUGAGACACUUAACAAACCCAUCUCAGAGACACUGGAGGAGCUCAGCAACCCUGCUUACCACCGCAUUGUAGAGACCAAGACACACUUGUUUGAAGAGGACCAAUCGAAAACCAACCACAAUCAGUGACUCACUCUUUGAACAAGAGAAGUCAGAGGCAAUCCGACAGGAGAGACUCUCGAAGCCUGUCCACACACAAGUGCUUUCACAAGGGACCCGAUGUGCUCUGUUUCCAUGGUGAAGCAAGGACGGGUCAUGCCGUGAUGGAUGGUGGUCCAUUUCUACAGGGAACGGCAUAUGUUUACAAUGUUUUCGUGUUAUUUUGUUUCUCUCUUUGUAUGUGUCUGAUACUUUUUGUACUUUACAGUGAAAAUCGCAGUUUAGCCGCAGUGAAUUGAUCAAGUAAUCAUGUGGUAUCAAAUGGAAGAGAACUACAAUUACUGCCAAAGCUUUCAGUUUCUACUUUGCCAAGUAGUCAUUGGGGCCUAAUUUAUAAUUGUUGCGUACAUUUAACACUAAAUAGCCGCGUGCGCCAUUUCUGAAAACUGCACGCACAAAAAUAUUGAGGUUUAACUUGGCACACGCCAUUCAUAUGCAGGUUUCCCAUUGUAAAUCAGACCUGUCAUAAAACUGAACGAGCAUUUACUCCACCUGAAAAACGCCCAUCAUUCACCUUUUGUGAGGACAAUAACGGCCUUAUUUUCUGUAUAGUUUGGAAGUAUUGGAAUUAGGCCAAGACGAUAUCUAAAGGAAAUAGCAAUGGUGACCUUGAUCACAUGUCUUUGGAGGGAUUGGCCAAAUGUUUGUGUUGCUAUUUCUUUUAGAUACCGUCUUGGCCUAAUUCCAAUACUUCCAAACUAUACAGACAACAAGGCCGUUAAAAGGUUAAUGAUGGGUGUUUUUCGGGUGGAGUAAAUUUGGGGUAUUUGACAUUUUCUGAAAGACAAAAACAAUUGCAUGUUUUUGUGGACCUGUAAACGGAUCGUUUAGUUAUCCUUUUCCCGAACCUAAAUAUGCUGCACUGCCCGCGAAUGCUGAUACAUUGUCUACUCUGUCAAAUGUAAACAGUGACCUUAGUGGUAGCUUACACACGUCAACGCAAAAUAUCAACUGUCUGUUCACCUGUCAAAUUCUACUGUAUGUUAUAAACCGCGCACCCUGUCGGAUACAUAGGCUAUUAAAAUGUUGCUCUACCUAAUAAUCCCAGUUAAAUGAGAUGCCCGUGGUAAUUUGUUGUAUGUCUACUACAAGAAUAUAAACUCAUCAUGGCCAGAGAAGGUGAAGAAUUUAUUCUGCAAUGGUUGAUAUGUAUUAUGUUUUAUAAAUUAAAUAUCUACACUACACAUUUCACAUUACAGUACUCGGACGUAGCCUGUGAACCGUCUGUUAUACUGUUCAACUGCGCUUCAGAUCGCAUAGAGCAAAAUAGGCUGCUUGAAAUAGCUUAUCUAUUUACUACUGGGAAGUGGGUACAAUUUUAAAUGAGUGAUAGACUACCAUUCGUCCCAUCUUAACUUGUUGUCGGCCUGUAGGCUAUUUCGAAACCAUCAAAGGUGAAAUGAUUGUGGAAAUUAAAUAAAUAAUAGAAAAUAUAUAUGCCUUAUUUCAAAUUAUUUUAGAAUGUGAUGAUGCAUUGAUAUAUAUUUUUUUCUUUUAUCACCUAUGGAAAAUGAUAGAAUCUUAUUUAGCUAGGCCUACCUGUUUUUUGUUAUGAAUAGGUGUCGUCAUAUUUUCACAUAGGCUACUACUAGGCUACUUUUGCUUUCUUGCAAUGCAGGACUUCAACCACUAGAAACUAUGCAUGGUCUAAAGUUUGCGGGAGGAUAGCACUUUCUCAUGUUAAGUUCAGUUUGUAUAAAUACCAACUUUUGUGUGAAAACGGGCAUGCAUAUUUUGUGUGUACGCAACGUUUAUAAAUCAAGUCCCUGAAGUUUAAAUGGUUUGUUUCAGUUUCCAUAUAAAUAUAAUUUCUAUGUGUUCUGCUGGACAGAUCAUACGCUAGUUACAAUGUGAAUACAGAUUAUGUAUAAAUAUCUAUAUUGGACAGUGUUGACGAUUUGUACAGUAUUCAAGGUAAUUGGUUUACAUUGUGUUGAUUCUGGAGUUAUAAAUAGUUAAUGACGGCAAGUAACACCAAUUGUGAAUGGUAGCUUGCAUAAUUAUAUUGUGAUGUAUAAUAUGAGAAUGACAGUGGAACAUGGAAUUACUGCACGUGUCAUGUUUGGUAAUAGUGGUGUCUGGUGUCGUCCGUCCCCCCCCCCCCCCCCC